AUGACCGUCAGCUAUGGAUACGGACACGGUUUCUCAUCCCAGCACAUCUACAGACAUGACGGGCCCGCACAUGUUGUCCCAAUCCACGGACACGGACACCACGAUGUCCAUGAUUAUUACGCCUACCCCAAGUUCGAGUUCGCAUACAAGGUAGAGGACCCUCAUACCGGUGAUUUCAAGUCUCAACAUGAGCAUCGCGACGGUGACGUGGUCAAGGGCUACUACGCCCUGCACCAACCCGACGGCUCCACCAGACACGUAGACUAUCACGGAGACAAGCACACAGGGUAA